GGCUAAAACGAACGUGCUCGCUCCCCUCUCUGCCACUCCAUCCCGGGAAAGCUGCGAAGCAUGGCGUCCGUCACCGCCCGCGCCCCGGUCGCGGCCCUGCGCCCGUCGUCGGCCUUCCUCGGCCACUCUAGCCGCCUCGGCCGCGCCGCCGCGGCGCCGACGAGGCGCAGCCUCAAGGCGGAGGCCAAGGGCGAGUGGCUCCCCGGCCUUGCCUCACCCGCCUACCUCGACGGCAGCCUGCCGGGCGACAAUGGCUUCGACCCGCUGGGCCUGGCGGAGGACCCCGAGAACCUGCGGUGGUUCGUGCAGGCGGAGCUGGUGAACGGGCGGUGGGCGAUGCUGGGCGUGGCCGGGAUGCUGAUCCCGGAGGUGCUGACCAAGGCCGGGCUCAUCAACGCGCCGCAGUGGUACGACGCCGGCAAGUCGGAGUACUUCGCGUCGUCGUCCACGCUGUUCGUCAUCGAGUUCAUCCUCUUCCACUACGUCGAGAUCCGGCGGUGGCAGGACAUCAAGAACCCCGGCAGUGUCAACCAGGACCCCAUCUUCAAGAGCUACAGCCUGCCGCCCCACGAGUGCGGGUACCCCGGCAGCGUCUUCAACCCGCUCAACUUCGCCCCCACGCUCGAGGCCAAGGAGAAGGAACUCGCCAACGGGAGGCUGGCGAUGCUGGCGUUCCUGGGGUUCCUGAUCCAGCACAACGUCACCGGCAAGGGGCCCUUCGACAACCUGCUGCAGCACCUGUCCGACCCAUGGCACAACACCAUCAUCCAGACCCUCUCCGGUUGAGUACGUCGAUUUGGCGGUGGUGCUGAUGGGGAUCGGAAUGAGGACAAACAUUGAGACGCGGUCGGUCGAUGUGAGUUCCUUCCUGUGGAUGGAUCAUCAGUGUGUUGAUGUGUGUUCAGUCUGGAGAGAAGAAUUCAGGGCGUGUUGUAAUUGUAAUGCUGGUGUGCAUGGUGAUGAGGGGAGUGUGAGGAGUGAUUGGUAUGUACAUUAUUAAUGACAGGGGAGGUUAAGGGUAGAGAUUGUUUGAUCAGUGUCUAUCCGUUCUGUGCCUUUUACUUGCUUGUCCGAA